CAUGGAACCUACACAACGAACCUCUCUGCGGACGCAAACACGUACACGUACACGUCCCUCUGUCUCUCUCUCUAUUUCAAUAUUUCCCCUUCACAACAACCUACGCAUUCUUCGUUGAACUCUCACAGUCAAUUCAAAAGAAAAAGGAAGAGAUAAUAGAAGUUGAUCAGAAGAUAUGAGAAUCUUGAAACCUCACAAUGUUGAGCCAUUGAGAGCUCUCUGUAACUCAAAUUGCAGUUCGAAUGUGAAAUUAUUCGAUAAAAGGUUCGCGAGGACUUUAGUGACCAGUUGCAGGGCGGUCGUGCUGCCGCGGUUUGGUGGACCAGAGGUGCUGGAGGUCCGGUCAAAUGUGGAGGUCCCACAGCUCAAACCUAAUGAGGUUCUCGUUCGCGCUCGUGCCGUCUCCAUCAACCCCCUUGAUACGCGAAUGCGAUCAGGUUAUGGCCGUUCCUUAUUUGAACCACUCCUACCUCUCAUCUUGGGCCGUGAUAUUAGUGGUGAAGUUGCAGCUGUUGGGAAUAUGGUACAGUCAUUGAGUGUAGGACAAGAAGUUUUUGGUGCAUUGCAUCCGACUGCUGUAAGGGGCACUUAUGCUGACUAUGCAAUUCUUGCGGAAGACGAACUUACUCCAAAACCUGCGUCUGUUACUCAUGUGGAAGCGAGUGCUAUUCCGUUUGCUGCACUGACUGCAUGGCGUGCUCUGAAGAGUACUGCUAGGAUAACAGAGGGGCAAAGGUUGUUGGUGGUGGGUGGUGGGGGAGCCGUAGGCUUUUCUGCAAUUCAGCUUGCUGUAGCUGCAGGAUGCCAUGUUGCAACUACUUGCGGAGGAGAAAGUGUGGAUAGACUACUAGCUGCUGGUGCUGAGCAGGCUGUUGACUACACUGCUGAGGACGUUGAAUUGGCAAUAAAAGGGAAGUUUGAUGCUGUCUUGGACACUAUUGGUGUACCAGAGACAGAACGAAUAGGCAUCAAUCUUUUGAAGAGAGGUGGGCACUACAUGACACUUCAGGGCGAGGCAGCUUACUUGGCGGAUAAAUAUGGAGUAACAGUUGGGAUUCCUUUAGCUUCGGCUAUUUUGCUGAAAAAACAGCUUCAAUACCGAUAUUCACAUGGCAUAGAAUAUUGGUGGACAUAUAUGAGAGCUGACUCGGACGGUUUGGACGAGAUUCGCCGACUAUCUGAAGCUGGGAAGUUGAAAGUUCCUGUGGAGAAAACAUUUCCCAUCACACAAGUGAGAGAGGCUCAUGAGGCAAAAGACAAGCGGCUCAUUCCUGGUAAAGUAGUGCUGGAAGUCGACUGAAAUGAAUUCGACACGGUCAUGCUACAAUAAUUAGGGAACACAUCUGUCUUUCAAAUCUGUAAAUGGUUUAUUAUUUUAAUUGAUCCUGCUCUAGAGGCACUCUGUGGAAUAAGUGCUAGAAGCGCUAUAGGCGAAAGUUUUGUGAAAGGCUGCCUUAAUAACCUGUUGAUGAUAUGUAAAUGUCUGAGAAGUUCUUUUAAGUGUUCUGGUAGUUGCAUGUAUCUGUCGCCUUAGCUAUGGCUGGCUGAAUCCAUUCUGGUACUAUGUUUACUGAAGAGAAACCGUUGACGAUUUCUGCACUUCCUGACUUGAUGUUGAAUGUCAUGAACUCGGGGUACCAAGGAAUUUUGAAA